UUUGAUCGCAGCAUACGUCAACCCAUGGCCAAUUCACGAGGGUCGAUGUAGCGACAUAAUCUGCCAACUCGGAGGUCACACCUAAAACGGUCAACUAUUUGUUUUAGUUUUCGCAAUAGAUCAAUUAAUCUGUAAUUAAGCUGCAACCAUCAAACAACAGGUGGUGAACACAACAGAUAAACGCUAUAUUUUGUCAUCGAGUCCGCGCUGCGCCAGCUCAGGCCGACCCUCUUGAACUAAACCACGGUUGGCGUUUCAGGUCGCCUACAUUGCAGACGUGUUGCGCAUUAUCAUAUCUCAGAAUAACUUUUUGCACUACAAAAUGAUUUCUUAUGAAUGCAUACAGUACUCACAAUGUAAUGCCAAAUGGUCAAUUCAGAAAUGUGUCAUACAAUUUAUAAGACAUUGAUUCUCAGAUUCUGUACCCGAAUUUGUAUUAUCUGCAAUACCGAUAGUGGAGGGAGGUGGCGCUGCAGUUAUUAUGCGGACCCUAACGAGGACGCGUCUCCUCUCAUCUUAAAGCAGUCGUUGUUUACUUAGACUUCCGGUAAAGGGAAAGGGGUUUUCAACGUUUGGUGUAAGCUAGGCUGAUCGAAAUGCCGAAGUUUUAUUGUGACUACUGUGACACUUACCUAACUCAUGACUCGCCCUCUGUGAGGAAAACACACUGCAGUGGCCGCAAACACAAAGAAAAUGUAAAAGACUAUUACCAGAAAUGGAUGGAAGAACAAGCACAGAGCCUCAUUGACAAAACAACUGCUGCCUUCCAACAAGGGAAGAUGCCCCCAACACCAUUCCCAGGAGCCCCACCUCCAGGGGGUGCCAUGAUCCCUCCACCAAACCUCCAUGGCCCACCACGUCCAGGGAUGCUACCAACACCGCAGAUGGGUGGUCCUCCAAUGAUGCCCAUGAUGGGUGGAAUGGGACCACCCCCACCUGGAAUGAUGGGUGGUCCAGGUAUGCGACCUCCAAUGGGUGGCCGAAUGCAGAUGAUGCCUGGACAUCACAUGAUGCGACCUCCCGGUCAUCCAAUGAUGAUGCGGCCAAUGAUGGCACGGCCAGACCGAUAAACUCUCCCCUCCUCCCUCAAACACACACUGUGGGUUUGUUCCACAUGAUCACUAAAUCUUAGGUUCUCACUUCUCCCCUAAAGUAAUUUGAUUAGGGAAAUCUAUGGUUGAUUAAGUUGGUCUAAAGCAUUUAAUGAAGUCGCUGACAAGUGCCAAGGUCCCUUAUAUUUAGCCACUUGAUCGUAGAAACAUUGUUAAUUUUAUGUCAAACUACCAAGUAGAUUUGAAGGUGCGUAAGAGAUUCCGUGGAACUAACCUUUUGGCAAAUCCCUCCCCACUCUACAUCUGUCUCUAGGACUUAACUUUACAUAAUACUUUUGGUCAUCUUGCCUUUGCUGUCCUCCCACCCAUUUUCCCUGGAUGGAUUUCAUUUUUAUUAUGCUACAGCUUUUAUAAUAAUCCCCUCUGCUUAUUCCAAUUUUCCCUGCCCAUCCUUGUUAGUUUGGUGUCUUGGCACAUGCUAAAGACAAAACAGGAACAUAUGAGGAGGUUGUUGAAUGUGUUUUUGUCAUUCACAUAGAGGUGUAUUAAGGUCUGUUUUUAGUUGGCAGUACCAUUCGGAUGAAGCAUUGUAUCAACUGUUUUUAAAAAAAAUUUUUAAAACAAUUUUUAUGAGCUGA